AAUUUUUUCUAGUUUUUGUGGUUUUUGUUAUAAAGAAUUCGUAUCAUUUUUUCUUUACUUAUUAUUAAAACAAAUUCUGAUACUGAACGAUGAGCAACUUUCCAAGCAGCAACAAUAACAGCAACAACAGCGGCGGUCGUCCGUUUUACGCUCUUUCUGAGGGCGCCUUUCCGCCGAGCCAGCCCACGCAUCAUCAUCAUCAUCAGCAGCAUCGUCAGCAUCAAUAUCAGCAUCAGUAUCAGCAGCAGCAUCAGCAAGCGCAGGGCCAGCAUGGGUGGGGCGACGACGUCAGCUAUGCGACGCCACCACAGCGCCAACCGCCGCAGCAGCCGCAGUACCAGCACCAGCACAACUGGCAGCAGCAUCAACAGCAUCAACAGCAGCAGCAGCAGCAGCGACUGGAUCUGCUCGCUGCAGAGUUCAGAAACCUGCCCACUUCGUCGAGUACUCCAAGCAGCACCAUCUACGCGCCAACCCCAUCCCUAUCAUCACUAUCAUCACUAUCAUCGAUGACACCGUCAUCAGCAUCGACGACGCCGGCUGGGGUCGCGUCGACGGGAUCGCCGGCAACGUCCUACGCCACUACAGCCAACCCAGGCACUCCUGCUGCUCCUAUUGCGAACACUACUGCUACAACUGCUACUCCUUCUACUUCUACUUCUACUACGGAUUAUAAUGACGAGGCGGCGUACUCGUAUGGCGACGAUUACGAGUUGGACGACUACCCCGACCAUAGUCCGAAUGCUAUUGCUAAUGCUAAUGCCAAUACUAAUGCUAACCCAGUCAAUGCGAAUGCUACUGCGACUACUGCCAAGCCUCAGGUUGUCGGCGCCGUGCUCAGCCAAGCCCCGCCGGCUGCGUCGGAACAAGACUUUAUUCCCUCGAUAUACCGUGCGUCUGGUGCUCGGCUUGCGACUGCUGCGUCCGAGUUUGGCGCUGCUCGCGGUGGCCAUGGUGCGCAUCACCCAAACGAGCAGACGCAACAGCCGCAGCCGCAACAGACGCAGCCGCAACAGACACAGGCUCCCACCACGUCCUCCAGGCUGGCCGCGCUGAGCGCCGCUGCCGCAGGCGUGCCCUCCACCACCGCCACGACCCUGGCCUCCUCGUCCCUCCCGCCCAAAAACUCAAUGUCCGAGGCCACGCUGCAGCACAUUUACGGCUUUUUGCUCGUGCGCUGCGUGGAACAGCGCUUCACUGUGCUCCAGGCCGUCUUGAACUUGAUACCGACUCUGCAUGCGGCCAUCUCGAAGGGCUUGACGUCGCUUCGCAACAUGUGCAUCACGCAGAUUCACGACGUGGAUGCUCGCAACACAAUCUUGGCUCGCUCGCGCCUGAUUCUGGAGGCCAUUGUUGUCUUCAUUUUGGAGGAGUGCCACGAGCAGGACAUUACCGACGCUCUCGACCACAACCUCGGCUUGCUCCGGUCCCGCAUUUCUUACCCGGCUGACAUCAACCGCUUUUACCAGCUGCGGCACUACGGCAACGUUGCGCUGCAUCGCACCGCAUCUGCGCGUGGCGAUGCCGACACGCCGCUCGUCACGAUCGAUCGCAUGCUCUGUGACCUCACGAUCGUCCUCAUCAAGACGCGCCGCAUCAUUCAGCACGUCGCGUCCUCCCAAAACACCGGUCCGGUCCUGCAGCCAGGCCAGGGCUACAAGCGGGUGCUGUGCCGUCACUUUUUGCGCGGCGCGUGCGGCUUUGGCAGCAAGUGCUCGUUUGCGCAUGGCACGUCCGACCUGGUCUCGCGCAACGGCACCCACCCAAACCUCCCCAACCACGUCGCCGUCCAUGCCAGCGCUGUCACGAGCGAGGAGGACGGCCGCGUCGUUCUCGAUGUGAUGCCUGGCCUCCCCAACCGCCUCGAGCUCUUGUCCGUCUUCCUUAAGCUCAUGACCCAGCGCAACCCGUCCGUAUUCGAUGCGAUUGUGACCGAAUUCCAAAACAUCCGCACAUCGAUGCACCACGACCAAUUGCGCGACCCCAAGGCACGCCUCUUUGUGCUCUCCCACGCCUCGAGUAUUCUGAGCCACGUUACCAACUACAUUCUCGACUUUUUCCGCGACACGACGCAACCCCGCGAUGCGCCCAUCAGCGAGCGCUGCCAGCGCCUUCGCGAGUACCUUGUCGACACGUCGGAUGUCAAUCGCAUCUUCCAGUUCAAGGAGCACAUGCUGUUGCUGCCUCGCGUGGACUUGGCGGCGCUGGAGGCCUCAGAGCAUAUUGACCAACACCACCACGCCGUGUCCGUGCUCGACCUCGAUCUCAUGCUCUGCGACCUGACCAAGCUGUUUGAUUUGGUCAUGGAGCUGCUCGACUGUGGUGACGUGACCGCUUAUCGUGCGGCAAAGGGUCUUGUUAGCGGCCGUAGUCGUUCCGCGCUGGCGUCCAACGCUCGCGGAAACAUGACCCCGUCCAGCAUUUCGCGCGCGGCUGCUCAGUCUCGCGGCGUCAAGCUCAGCGCUCGAUUGGCCAACAAGGCCAGCCAACUUGCCGACCCGUAGGCAUGCGUGGUUAUUAUGAGCACAGAUUGCAACGAAGCAGUCUCGAAGUGGGGAACUUUUCAAUUCUAACCCGAGUUUAUGUUGUAGUUUUGCCAGUUCUGUUCUUCAUUUUUUUGGCCUUUUCCUUUACUUUUUAUUGUCCUAUCUCACUAAUGACCCCUUCCGAUUCGUAUCUGUUCUGUUUACCCCGUUAUUCUGAGGGUUUUCUCUAUCAUUGCCGGCUAUGUGAUUCUAUGAUUGUUAUUCUAUGAUGCUAUGAUGCUUAAACUGUCGAGGAGGUCGAGCUGUUAUGUUUUGGUGCCGGCCAUGUCCUCGAUUCUUUUUUGUCACGCCUUCAGGAUGCGGCCUCUAACCCUAAACCCUUCGUCAAUCUAUUCCUUGUCUUGUCUGCACUAAUCUUGUCAACAAUAUGAAAUUGUCACCGUUC